GUUGUACCGAAUGAAAUCAAAAUUUCUCGUGGAGUUAUCUUCAAAAUGUGCAUCCACUUUUGGUUGAGCUUCCGGUUUUCAUACAUUCCUCUUUUACCUGAUCUUCAAGUGCUUCCUGGAGCAAGUCGCAGCGCCGCUUUUCGGACUACCUAGCUCUGAGCCUAACGAGGCUCAAUGACGAUGUUUAGUUUACUUUCUCCAGCUUGACAUUUCUCCCAAGUUCAACAGUCAGAAACCAAACCAAUUCAAUACACAAAAUAGCCCACCAUGUCGUCCGAAGUCCCAGACAAAGAAGAGGUCAAAAAGGCUUCUAUAUCCUACGCAAUGGAUUGGGGCAAAUCUCCCCUUCCUCCAACUCUCCUUGCGACCCUAAUCACCGCCCUCCACGCGCGCCCCUUUCAACCUCUCCCAAUGCUCUUCCCGCCCGUUCUCCUCUUCAGCGCCUACCUCAACCUCUCAUCCUACCAAGUCGACUCCGCAGGCCUGACAGCCGCCUGGUCCGGUCUGUACCUCCUGCUCGCGAGACGUCGAAAGGUCGCAGGAUCGAGCUUUAGCUCGAGGAUUGGAAACAAGUUUGGCGCGAGAGGGUUGACGAGGGGUUCGGCGAUGAUGCUGGCGGGUGCAAAUGUGUUGGGGUGUGGUGUUACGUAUGUCUUUGGGAGGAGGAGUGCGGAGGGAAGAGCGCCGUAGGUGGAAUGUUGAGUUCUGGAAGUAUAACUGUUAUGCUGGGUCUGCCGUAUUGGAUCAUGCGUAGGGCAGGCAAGGAAGAGUUUUGUAUGCUUUGUGUGAAAUAUCAGACCACAUGGUCACGAAAAGAGGAAGGGAUGGGGCAAAUAAAUUUAUGGAGAAAUGGUUGUAUUUGUUAAAUGUUGGAUGUAAGGAUGUGAUCACGAGG